AUGGAUGCAAAACUGAUGGUGGCCACUACUCCCACAACAAAUAACAUUGUUGUUCUAUUGAAGCUCAAAAGAAGUAUGAGCCUCAAAGCUACUCUUCCAAGAUGUGUGGGAUCAAGGUGUCAUUCUGUCCCUUCCAGUUCAAGAUCACACGCAAAUGAUAAGAGCUCAGACAUAGCUAACAAGCAUG